GCGGCGGCGGCCAAAGGUCGAUGAGCUGCCGCCGCCGCCGCCGGCCGCGGAGGAGGAGGCGCCCUGGGACCCCCGGGACGAGGGCGCGCUGGAGGAGGAGAUGGAUGCCUUCGACGAAGACGGGCGGAGUGUCUGCCCCAGCGAGGCGCCGCUGGAGGAGGGGCCUGGCUACAGCCGGUCCCGCUCCCCGCGCUCUGGCGCCGAGCACGCGGAGGCGCCGAGCCAGCGGUGCGACAGCCCGCCGAGCAGCCACGGCUUCGACCCCGGCGACACCUUCGAGCGCCUCGACCGCCCGCCGACGCCUCCGCGGCCGGUGACCCGAGGGGCGCGCUGA